GGGAGCGCUGCCCGCCCUUCCGGCCGCCGCCGCGAUGCCGAUGAAGGGCCGCUUCCCGGUGCGCCGGACCCUGCAGUACCUCAACCAGGGCGACAUCGUGUUCAAGAGCUCGGUGAAGGUGAUGACCGUGAACUACAACACGGCGGGAGAGCUGAGCGAAGGCGCAAGAAAGUUCGUGUUUUUCAACAUCCCCCAGAUCCAGUACAAGAACCCCUGGGUGCAGAUCAUGCUGUUCAGGAACAUGACUCCCUCGCCCUUCCUCCGGUUCUACCUGGACAGUGGAGAACAAGUUUUGGUUGAUGUGGAAGAUAAAACAAACAAAGAGAUAACAGAGCAUGUCAAAAAAAUCCUGGGGAAAAGCAAAGAAAUGCUUGACAAAGAAGAAAGAGAAAGGAAAAAACUAUCACAUCCAGCAACCUUCGGGCCCAAGAAGUAUCAUCUGCGAGAAUGCAUGUGUGAGAUUGAAGGCCAAGUUCCCUGCCCUGCUUUUGUACCAUUGCCCAAAGAGAUGAGAGGAAAAUACAAAGCUGCUGUGAAAACUGAGGCAUGAGCCUGAUAUUUCAACAUGUCAAGUCAUGCAGCUGUUUUUCCUCAGGGCUGGACAAUGAAAGUGCUUCAGUGAGAGAAGAGCCAACAGUUCCUGGGAACAGGAACAAGCAAGUUCAUUCAAUACAGACAACUCUGCCUCAUAAGCCUUCUUACAUCUGCAACUAGAAUAAAGUGAAAAAUAAAUAAAAGUUAAAACUGGCACAAAAAAA